AUGCAGAUGUUCUCCAUGCUCUCCCUCCUCCUCGUUGCCUUCGCUGGCAUCCUCGUCGCCGCCAGCCCCAUCACCUCCCCCACCACCGCCCCCGUCCCCGAGUGCCCCUCCGGUAAACCCUUCACCGGCCAAGCCGGCUGCUCCUCUUGCAGUACCGUCGGCAACGUCGUUUGCGGCCGCGAUGAGGACCGCGUCACGGACCUGAUCUGUACCGCCUUUGGCACAACCCUGAGCUGGGUGCCGGUUGACGACUCGGACAAGUGCGGUGUCUUCACCCCACCCCAGCAGGUCGAUGGAUGCCCGUCGGGAAAGCCGUUCCAAGCGACGAGGAGGGCCUGUGAGACAUGUGCGACGGAGGGAAAUGUGGUCUGUGGAUUGGAUGGAAAUAUGAAGGCGGACUUGAAGUGCACUAAGGUUAACGGGGCGUUGAUUUGGGUUGCCGUUGGUGGUCAGUGCCCCAAGUAUUAA